AUGUUGGCGGAAAGUGCAUGUCUAGGUGCAUCAGAAUCGACUGCAGACAAAGACGUAACAAGCAACAAGCCAGAUACGGUAAAUGUUGGUGUAGCUACCGAUGAAUUUCAACGGGUAGAAGCUUACCAACAUGACGUAGGAGAUUCUGCUAAAGGAACUCAUGGACAAGCCAGUGCUGAAAAACAUCUGGGCCAAGUCAGAAAGACACCGUACUACACACCAAGGAGUGCUUGCGAUGCCGCAGUACCAAAAAGUUGUAACUGUGACGAAUGUCUUCGCUAUGAGGAACGUGCUCAAGCACAGUUCAAGAAAAGACCGUCUCAAAGAUUUCGCAUUCACACUACGCCCAGAAGAGAAUCACGAAAGCUGACAAACAGGUCAACGUUGCAAAACGCCACUCCAUCGGGAUCGCUGCACACCGAUUUCAACAUCGCGCUCCCAUCAGCCGGUCAACCCAGUGAGCAAUACCUACAGUCAGGCACUGCUCCGAAACCGAUAGCUGACGGAAAAUCCUUGACCGCUCAGUCGUUAACUACGAAGAAUCUCACUACGUCCACAGAUUAUAAUCCUGAACGUGACUACAAUCCGGAUCUUUGCGACUGCUAUGACUGCAUCAACGCAAUGCGUGCCACAGGGAGCGAUAACAAAACUAGACGAAAACAAUAUAAGCUUAAAGAUCCACCCACUGAAGGGCAUAAACCGAAACCGCCACGACAGCGUGGUAAAACGACUUAUCCAUGGAUUAAACAACUGACCAAGUUGCAACAACCCGAUAAACCUUACAAUAGCUUCAAACAAAAGUCAGUGCAGAAGGACUUCUUAGAGGUAAAACAACAACGAUUAUCAUCUGGAAAGAAUCGGUCAGUACCAGAAAAUAACGCAUCCGCUAUCAAUAGAGUGCCGAGGAACGCCCGAAGGAGUAAAAGCCAUGGCUCGAUUGCCUCGUUGGCAAGAAAUCAAGACGAAGAACCAUCAACUAAACAAAUAUCUAAAGAACCGCCAAGUCCACAUUCAUCACAGGUUGGCCAGAGCAGUGGUUCGGCAUACAAGACUACUGAAAGUUCAGAAACGCGAAGCUAUAGCUCAACUGAUAGACGUGGGGCUACGUCAUCCACCACUGGCACCAUGACAUCUACCGAUGGGCCAACAACGCUAACAAGUUCCGUCUCCACUGGGACCACUUAUCAGAGCACUGAGGAAACUGAGGCAUCCGUAUCGUUGAGCGAGGAUUACGCAUACAGAAAGGGUCUAACGGCAGAUGAUAAAAGGUAG